AAAACAACCAGCUGAGCUCCCAGGUAAAUAUGUCUAUCAGCCCAUGACACCCGUAGAGCAGCUUCCCAGCACCGAAAUACCCGUUUGCCCUCGGGAGUCUACAAACACCAUGCAGAUCUCCGUUUCGCUCACCGAACACUUUUUGAAGUUUGCACCCGUCUUCCAGCCCCCUCUGCCCCCUGACUCCCCACAGUUCUGCACAAUUGCAGACCUCUUCAUUGACAAUUACCGCGUGAAAUGCAUCAACGGGAAGAUGUGCUAUGUACAGAGGCAGCCUCCCCCCGUGCCCCAUAAGAUAAAGUCCGAGGAAGUACCUGUUCGCAAUGCCUUAAUCACAAAAGAGAGCAAUACACCAAAACCAGAUCACUGCUCAUCCCCUUCCAGCUCUGAGGACUCCGGGAUCAAUGCGGUGGGGGUUCACUACAUGGAGUCAUGUGACGAGGACACGGAGGGGGUGGCCGAGCUAAGUUCAGAAGAAGAUUACAGCCCGGAUAGCAGCUGGGAACCAGAUGAAUGCCCGCUCUUGUCACCCUCACAGUGCGAAAUGGAAGUGAUUGAGACUAUAGAAACCACUGUGUGAUUUGACAAGUUGGUAUCAGAUCAGUCCAGUUCCCACUCAGUAAUGUUGCUUUUGUAGUAUUUAUAUUUUCUGUUUUUUCUGACAAUCCCUUUUUUCCAGUGCACUUGAUAUUUCAGAUUCCUCAUGGGAGUGUGGUCACAGGACUUGCAGAUUGGUGAACUAGCAGCAGCCUGAGCAAUUUUAACAUGUUCUCAGCUUGAUCAGAUCUCCCAGGUCUGCACAUAAGGUAGUGAUAAAUCUUAAGACUUUUAUAGCUGAAAUAGGCCCUUUUCUUGGUCUGGGUUAUGUCAUAUACUACUUUUCAUACAAGGAUGUGCCACUCAAGAUGUUUCCAUCUGUCAGGAUGUUUGCGGUGGGCCUUCAAAGCACAGAGGGGGAGCUGGUGCAGCACGCCUGUGAGCAGCAAAAGCAAGUUGCCCUUACUCUUUCUCAAACAGCUACGCAAGGUGCAACAACAAGAGGCUCUUUCCGUCUCUCUCUGUCCUUGCGCAUUGUCCAUCCUUUUCUAUAGUGCUGGUGCGACCCUUCCCAAAGGCUGCUUACACCAUGCUUCCAGCGGGGUUGGGAUGGCAGGCUAGAGAAUGCACAAAGUGCCUCCAACUUUUCUCCAGGCUAUGCACCGAGCAUCUGCUGAGUUAGAUCAGGCUCUGAAAUCUCCUGAGAAGGCGACUGUUGCUCUAGAGGGGGAUCAGUUGCCUGGAUCCAGCUGGUCCCUUUUCUCUACAUGGAUCUCGGGAACGGGAUCUGGCUUUUGCAGCUUGGCAGGAAGGGGGAGCAGGCAGAGAUGAAGCGCAGCUGUCUAACCAAUACCAUGCUAGACUGGGGUGUAAAAAAUGAAGUGACUACCUCCAAACACACAAAAUCUGCCCUUGGCUUUGCCUGCUGCUUUUCCUCCUGGGCUGUUUGGUGCCGGACAUGUGCACUCAGGACCAAAUGGCCUCAGGGCCUGCAUUUGCCUGAAGAAUAACAAAAUUAAAAAAAAAAAGUUUAUCAGCCACACCACUGUGUUGGCAGAGCUUGGGGACAGCAUGGAGGUGCCCAUGGGAGGUGGCCCAUGGGCUUGG